UCAGAACUUUUAAAGUUUUGUUUAAUGUUUAGAAUUCAUCGAAAACGAAAGUUGGAUAACAGAAAAUAAAAUAUCUGCGAAAUGACUCAUCAAGAAGAGUUGGAGAAAAAGAAAUACAGGAACUGGGUGAGAGGUGGACUGGCGUAUAAAUAUCUUAAAGAAGGUAUAAAAGGAUUUGCUGAUGAUGUGGUUGAAGAAGAACACAGGAGAAUUAAUCAGGAUGUCAUAUCCGGACGCAGCUGUAACCAAUGCAGUAUUAGAGACCUGCGACCACUGCAUACUUGUAAGAAGGAUCAUGCAGGCAGAAACAAAUGUCCAUGGGGCCAAAACAGCUGUAACUGUCUGUAUAGAAAGAAACUUGGAUGUCCUGCUAAAGUAUGCGACCUUAUUAUGGAAGAAAUUCUGGAAAAUCACGCAUCGACACCGCCUUCACCAAACUGGAAAAAUACAGAUCUACAGAAAUGGUGUUCAGCUCCAUGGGAGAUCGCAAAAUGUUUCAUCAAUGCACCAGGAUAUUCUGACAAGUCUACGGCAGACGAUAUUGACAUUUCAGGGUUACUUCAUGUUUUCAUCAACAAUAUCAGCUACAAAACACACUUGUCUGACAACAUAAACAGGGGCGAUAUAUUUCAAAAGAUUCUACAAAGAAGAAAUGAAUUAUUUCAUUCACCGACCAUGGAAAUGGAAGACACCAAGUUGAAUGCAUGUAUAGAUGAAAUCAUUGCAAUUCUGGAGGAUGAAAAAGAGCUGAAAGCAAGACAUGAUGCUCAAUCAACAGUCGUAAAACUUAAACAGUUGAAGCAAGAGAACUUUAUCAUCACCACACACAAUGAGGUCGAUGUUUGCAGAGAAGCUCUAACAUCCAUUACCAACGAAGCAGAAGAACUGAAACAAACGAUUCAAGAUGCCAAAGACGACAUUGCUAAGAAACAAGCAGAAGCUACUGAAGUAGUAGGUGAUGAGGCAAAAAAGGUUCUGCGAGACGUUUUGGGAGAAUCAGACAAUCAGAAUGAGACACUAUAUGAAAGAGUUGGACGGCUUGAACAGCGGGUUACAAUACUGGAGGUUAAAGUAGACAAACUGGAAACAAUACGUCAAAAUCACCAGAAACAGUUACACUACGUAGAAGGAAAAAGAGCGCUUCAGAAUGGCUUGGUGAAAUUAUAUCAGCAGCAUUAUGUAAAAACAUCUAUUUCACCUCUAAAAUCCCGAGAGAACGACAUCAGCAUAAACGAAGUUUAUGUUUCACCACAAAUGGCAGUAGAAGGACAAACAAAGUCCAAUGAUGGCCAAGACAGAAAAGUAGAAAUGCGCACGCCACAGAGAAAAUAUAUACAUGGAUAUCGUGAAAUAUUUCAAACAAAUGGACAAAAACAUAAAGCAAUUUAUAUAGUUGGCGAUGUUGGAACUGGGAAAAGUUCUUUCUGUAAAAUGUUGAUUCAAAACUGGUGCGCUGCUUUUGCAAAUAAUUCAGUCAAUAUUGUUUCUGGCAGUAAGCGUGGCAGUUCUACUGAGAUUGAUACCGGAGGUACUUGCGAAGAUAUACACGAGUCACAUACACGUGACGAGUUGACGUCUGAAUAUUCAUGGUCGUCUGCGUCAGAUGCAAGUGACAGCGAAUGGUCGUCAGUGUCUAUGUCAGAAUCUGAACUAGAUAGUGACUCUCUAUACGAUACUGAUCAGCCUUCAAAUACAGACGAUGGAAAUAUCAAUGAGUUUAGAAAUUUUGAUUUUCUUUUCUUCGUGCCCUUGCAGAAAAUGCCAGGACUAAGCGAUAUAACUGAAAUGAUCAAAGCGAUAGUUACAGACGCCGGUCUUGCGUCAAAUGACGUGAUAGACGGAAUACUUGAGCGAGAAUCGGAACGUUGUCUUAUCGUUGCAGACGGAUUGGAUGAAUGGACUCUUCCAAAACAUAAAUAUCGUUUAUCACAUGUCAGUUAUGGUUUGCCAAAAAGAGACGGAGCAAAACAUGCAACGGUCAUUACACUUUCUCGACCGUCAGCUAAAGGAAUUCUCAACAUGAAGUCUUCGGAAUGUGAUACAAAAGUGGAAUUAUUAGGAAUUAAAAUCGGAUCAGUCAAAUGUUUCAUUGAAAAAUACCUGUCAAAGUCUAACAAUAAAGGUAUAUCUUCAAGGGCAUUCAUGAAGAAAGUCAAAUCGGCGAAACUUAAACAUCUAGAGAAAACCCCUCUGCUUUUGCAACAAUUAGUAUGGUUGUACUGCAACGAAAAUGAAUUUGGAAAAUCUAUCAGUGAUACAUACAGUCAUAUUAUUAAUAUCAUGCUUGGCUGGACAGAGAACAAAGAAGAGGAAGAAGACGUGGAAGAAGAUGAAAUUGGCGAUACAAAUGAGGAUAAAGACGAGAAGCUCCCUGUAAUGUUACAUAAAUUUGACAGAUGUGAGGCAAAUAAAAGAUAUCUCCUUCCAUUAGCUAGAGUUGCAUUUGAAGUCAUGACUUCAGAAACGGGGUCAAACACAUUCGGCCGAAAACAACUGCGAAAGAGAGGUGUGUCAAAUAAUUGUAUAAAUACACUCAUAAAGUUUGGAAUUCUGGUAGAAGAGAAUUGCUUUGAUCCGACAAAAGAGAACACUAGGUUAGCAUUCAUCCACAUAUCCUAUCUUGAGUUUUUCGCCGCUGUACAUGUAUCCGGUCAAUAUAACAAAGAUCAGUGUUCAAUACAUCAAGAUACUGUUUUGGAAGAACUAUUUCGAAAUUGUAAAUCAGCUGCCGACAUAUUACAGUUAUCUAAUGUUCUUAAAAUGAUAUGUGGAAUAUCUCCAUACUUAAUAUCAGAACUGUCAAAAAUGAUUUCAGAUAUUGUAUCUAGGGAUGAAAAUAUGAUAGCAUAUAGAAACACUCUGAGAGAGUAUUGGUGGCACCCACGAGUCCAAGAAAUUAAACAGAUUCAGCAUCUUAUGUUCAACUGUCUAUCCGAGGGAGAUUCGGAUGAUCAAUCGAUGUUCAGUCUUUGUGAUGUUAUCAUAGACAGGUAUACAAAGAUGUCCUUUCUACAAAGAAUAAUACCAGAGAAUGUGUUAUCUGUUAAUGCUGCUGGUAUCUCAGAUGAAGAAGUACGGAGAUGGAUUGUACAACUGAAACAACUUCAGUAUCUGUACAUUCAGUUUAGUGAUUUACCCCAUAGUGUGCUGGUAUUGUUAUGCUCAUUUAUACAAGAAACACCUCUAAGAUUUCUUUCAUGGUUCUUUGUAAAUUGCACACAGUGUGAUUGUGAAGGUCAUACGAUUGAUUUUUCUAAAAAUGAUCAGCUUCAGAUACUUCAACUUGUAAACUGUGGCCGAGUGAUGAUUCCUGACAUUAACACUAAACAUCUUGAAAUAUUACAUUUGGGUUCAUCCAGGACAUUAGAUAUUAUUCUUCUGUUAAAUGCAAGCAGUCUGAUGGAACUUCGAUUUGGAUCUUUGCCGCUUUCUAGAUUUACAUACAACAAACAAGUGGAUUCUGUGGUUCAUACCUUACAUAAGUUACGGAAACUCAGAUUACGGGAUGUAGAUGUUGAUACCAAUGCUCUCACUGUUACAUCCGAGAUGAGAAACAUUGAACACAUUGUACUACUUGACAUCGAAAUGAGCCGGGAAACAUGGCGUACAUUCGUUGAUAGUCUCCUCACUCUUCAACAAUCAGUAUCUGUAUCUAUAUCGUUUCGUUAUCCACCUUUUGAAAUAGACUAUAAAAACUAUGUAAGACAGAAUAAAAUGUUUGAAGUGAUAAAAGAUCACAGGGUGGGUUUAGAAUUUAGGACAAAAAAAUAAUUGUAACUAGCUCAGCAUUUUCAUACCUGAAAAUACUGAGAACUGAAAGUGAAAACGUUACAUUAUUUCUGGCAGAA